CCGGCUUGAUUCUGCUUCUGUCAACAUUUGCAGCGGCGGAACGUCAGAGCUGUCACAGCAAGCGUCGCUCUGUCUGUUAUCUCGUUGCCUCAGUCAUCCAUACCUUACUUAUUAAAAAAACACACAUCAGUAAUUAAGUUGCUGUUUUUGUGGGACUUUCUGGGAGUUGAACGGAGAUGUUUGUUGUUUAAGCGGAGCCUGGUGGUCGUGAGGACUAAACGGAGGAUUAACGUUUCCUGACUGUCUGACAGCUUGACUGUUGGUUGUUCAGCUGCGACAGACUUCACAAGUCCCAUGGUGGUCUACUAGAAGGGGCGGGACUUCACUUCUCUAUACGGUCAUGUCUCGUAGGAGUUCUCGCCUGGUGUCCGGCGGCUACUAUAACUCAGACGAAGAAUCUGAUUCAAGCAGCGUGACGAACAUUUCCUACCGAGAAAACCCGGUCAAGGUCUUCAAGAAGAAGGCGGGGACCCGUAAGGCCGGCUCUCGUACCCCCAGUAGAGCCAAUAGCAAUGAUAGUUCUGCCAGCCCCGAACCGCCCACCACUCCAGUCCACUAUGAUGGACCGAGUCCUUCUCCCCUGAGCGUCGAGACCAAGCCGACCAUGAGGACCGUGCCUUACGUCUCCACCACGGUGACCCCUCGGGCGCCCCUGACCCCGUCGUCAACCCGGAGUCAGACACCCCCACGCUGCCCCUCAGUACCUCCUCCAGAGAGGGGCUACGCUGGGCUCUGCAGCUCCAGCAGGCCAGGGUUAUACCUCAGACCCAACCACAAGGAGCUGAGUCAGAGCGGCGUGGACAGCUCAGGGUACUCGUCCUCUGAGGGUCCUCACAGGAAGCCCACCAGCACCAGCAGUAACAGUGGGGCUCCCAGUACUGGAUACAGAGACAGAAUCAGCAGUGCCUUCUUUGGUCUAAUAGACUCAACCUCAUUGAUGGCCGCUGCAUUACAGUCAAAAAUAAUGCAUCUGGCAGCUUUAGCAGCUGAUACUUCAGUCAGCAGUCGCAUGAAGAAGGCUUGUGGUCUGUUUCUCCUCCUCCUCCUCCUACUUCUGUGUAUCUGGUUCCUCCUUCCUUUGUUGACCUCUCACAUUUCCCGCAUGGCUGUCACAAAGACCCCGUCCCAGACAAAACCCAAGAGUCAACCUGUUUUCCCUGCUGCCUCUCCUCCUCCUCCUCCUCAACCCAACACCGUACAUCCUACACCCGUGGUGGAUCCAGCCGUUGUGUCUGCAGCUGUAGAGGCCAGGAUACAACGUCUUUUGGAUCCGGCGGUUGUGUCUGCUGCUGUAGAGACAAAGAUGCAACGUCUUUUGGAGGAGCAGCAGCUGAAGCAGGACCACAUGCUCUCUCAGAUGAAGGAGAGAGUACAGCUGGACAUGCAGGAUAUGAAAGCCCAGCUUGAGGUCGUGGAUUCGGACAGUCGGCUGCGUCUGGAGCAGGAGGUUUCUGGGUUGGGCAGGCAGAUGGUAGAUUACCAGACAGACAGCCACUCUGCUGCUGCCAGCCUCAGCCUCAGGAUCCGAGUUUUAGAGGCCCAGAAUGCAAAGCUGUCCCAGGAGUUGUCGUCCAUCCAGCUGAUCCCUCCUCCUGCCCCCUGUCCUGAGACCAGCAUACCCCCCGUCCAAAACCAUCUCACCGCAGAGCUCCAACAGGCCAUGGAGAAGUGGUUCACCGACCGCAUCACGGAGCAGGAUGCUAUCAGGCUUGGUGACAAAGGAAGCUGCUCAGACUGUGGACGUCCCAUGGCUGACAAAAUAGCCGACUUUGCGCUGGAGCCUCAAGGUGCCAGUGUGAUCAGCACCAGGUGUUCAGAGACGUAUCGUAUUCGUUCAGCAUGUGUGACCCUGUUUGGAUUCCCUCUGUGGUACCCAUAUGAAAGCCCACGCGCUGUUAUUCAGGGCUACCCGGUGCUGCUCCCAGGGAAAUGUUGGGCGUUUCACGGUGUCCAGGGGACUCUUGUGAUCUCUCUGUCUCACCCCAUCACUUUAACUCAUGUGACGCUGGACCACCUGCCGCGCUACAACUCCCCCACCGGCCGCAUCGACUCGGCUCCCAAAGACUUUGAAGUCUAUGGAUUGAAAGAUGAGAUAGAAGAAGGGACAAUGCUGGGGACGUUCACUUACGAUGAAAAUGGAGAAUCUACGCAGACGUUUAAGCUGCCUAACCCCUCUGACGAGGUGUAUCGAUGUGUGGAGCUGCGUGUCCUCACUAACUGGGGUCAAGUCGAAUACACGUGCCUUUACCGCUUCCGUGUGCACGGACUGAUCGCCUCCACAUGAUGAGACGCAACAUUCACUGACGGCUCAUCAUAUCAACAUAUCAGAGAGUACAGUUUGCAAUGUGCUCUAUUAUGUGCGUUCACGGCCAAAUACUGAAAAGAUGCUUAGUGUUGAGCAUCGUAAGUAAGGUCACUCCUGUGUGUCAGCUGGUUUUGGAUUACUUAAUGUUAAGGUGACAGAAAUCACUUUUUUAUGCACAAUUUAAAGGGAUAGUUCGGAUUGUUUGAAGUGGGGCUGUAUAAGGCACUCAUCCAUAGUCAGUGUAUUACUAGUAGAUGGAAAGACAUCCCUCUCCGACGGGGAACUGAAGCC